AUGGAGCCUUCGGUCAGCGACUUCAAGCUGGUCGGACUGGCGGCAGGUUUCACACUAGGCUUUGGUUUCCUUACAGUCUGGAAUGCAAUUAAGCAGACUUCGGAAGUUGAGAAGCCCUACAAGAGCCCUUUCGUUAUUCUUAUCUGGAUUGAGAUACUGUCUAAUGUGGUAAUCGGAGUAAUGGGGUGGCUUGUGCUGGAAGGCAUUGUACCGGUCAUUGCACCUGUUCUGGCACUGCUACUAUUUUGCUGGGCCCUUCAGAUCCAAUGUUGUAUGCAAAUCAUCAUUAACCGCAUCUAUGUCGUGGUGGAAAAGAAGAAGACCGCGAGAAAAGUCAAAUGGGGCACUGCCUGUCUCAUCACAGCAAUCAAUAUUGCGGUGUUCUGCAUUUGGAUCCCUGCACAUAUGACUCCCCCGGUUAAUCAUACGUUUGUCAUGAUUAAUCGUUUCUGGGACCCAAUCUCCAAAUUACUAAUAUGCAUCGUCGAUGCAUGUUUGAAUGUUUGGUUCCUACGGGUUGUCCGUGUGCGACUGGUUCGCCAAAAUGGACUAAAGAAAUACGGGCCCUUAGUUCGGUUCAACAUGCGAAUGAUGUUCAUUUCCGUACUCAUGGACGCUAUCCUCAUUGGACUCAUGUUCCUGCCCAACCCGAUGGUCUACAUCCAAUUCCAUCCAGUCACCUACAUCGUGAAGCUGAACAUCGAGUUGAAAAUGGCUUCACUCAUCCGCAAGCUUGCCCGGGAAAGCAACAUUAACAAUGAAAUCCAUGAAGCAUCAAUGAACCUCCCGACCCGGUUCAACUCACAAAGUCAUUAUAUCAAGUGCGAUGAUGAGUUCGCCCAGCUACGACAACAGGGGUUCGAGACUGAGGACAUGAAAAUAAUGAAGACAACCAGUGUUCGCGUUGUAACAAGCCCAAGACCCUUUGUCCAGGACAAUUUGCCUCCUCUGCCACCGCUGCCAAAAGAUAGAAGAUGAGUGGUACGCUGCUGUGGUGAUUUGACUGAAUACUUACCAUGUAUCCUAUUCAAUGUGCCAUUUAUUUGGUUUAAAUAGCUGUACAAUAUAGAAGGUUCUAGGGAUUAUGGCAAGGUCUACAUCACACGAUUGAUAUGGAUCGUACGUUGCGAGCGUAUUGAAUUCGUAUGGUUGAACAUUCCUCGACUGCGAGACUAAUACAGUAGCUCCUGG